AGCUGUCCCUCAGUCGGUCGGGAUUUCGGAACCAUACGGGAGAGGGUUUUUGUGGAUAAACCGACACAAUUUGGGAGGAGAUACCGAAUCAUAUGGUCACAUAAACGCGAAAACGAGCUACUUUAUCCCGUAUUUCACCAUGGAAACUGAACUAUGAGGUGUUGUGUCGUGAAGAAGACCGAGUGAACCAUGGCGCAGUUCCCCACCACAUUCACAGGUCCAGAUGUGUUUCUGAUCUCAGUGGAUGAGAGAGCCAAACAUGAUCAGCAGUUUCUCAGCCUCUCUCCCACCGCCGGGGGUUACAUCACAGGCGACCAAGCAAGGAACUUCUUCCUCCAAUCAGGCCUGCCUCCUCCCAUCCUGGCCCAAAUCUGGGCUCUGGCUGAUAUGAACAGUGAUGGCCGUAUGGACAUCCACGAGUUCUCCAUCGCCAUGAAACUCAUCAAACUGAAGCUCCAGGGUCACCCUCUCCCCCCCUCUCUUCCUCCCAGUAUGAUAACACCGCUGGCUCUCCCCCCACAGAGCGGCUUCGGCAUGCCCCCGAUGCCCCCCCUCUCAGGCGGGCCUCCUCUCUCCUUGCCUCCUCUCCCCUUGCCUCCUCUUCCUGUCGGGGUUUCCCCCCCCCUCGUCUCCUCCGUCCCGCCCCCCCUCCCUCCCCCCAUCUCUAACGGAGCCCCUCCCACAGGAAUGAUGCAGCCAAUCCCAGGCUUCCCUCUCCCAGCUCCUCCUGUCAACAAGUCAGGAUCUUUUAAUCGUCCCAGCGCCAAACUGCAGAAGGGCCCGUCUGUGGACGUUGCUAGUGUUCUGCCCCCCUGUGAUUGGGCCGUUCCUCAGUCCUCCAGACUGAAAUACAGACAGCUCUUUAACUCCCAUGAUAAGAUGAUGAGUGGACACCUCACAGGUCCUCAGGCUCGCACCAUCCUGAUGCAGUCCAGUCUUCCUCAGGGCCAGCUGGCCACCAUAUGGAGUCUCUCAGACAUCGACCAGGAUGGAAAGCUGACGGCUGAGGAGUUUAUUCUAGCCAUGCACCUCAUAGAUAUGGCCAUGUCAGGGUUACCGUUACCGCCUGUGUUACCUCCAGAUUACCUCCCCCCCACAUUCAGGCGAGUGCGUAGUGACAGUUUUCAGUCGGAUCAGAAGAUGGUCCAGGAGGAGCCGGAGGAGGAGCCGGAGAAGCUUCCAGUGAGCUUUGAGGAUAAGAAAAGGGAGAACUUUGAGCGCGGGAACCUGGAGCUGGAGAAGAGACGCCAUGCUCUGCAGGAGCUCCAGAGGAAGGAGCAGGAGAGGCUGGCUGCUCUGGAGAGGGAGGACCAGGACAGGAAGGAGCGCGAGCGCAUGGAGCAGGAGAGGAGGCGGCAACACGAACUGGAGAAACAGCUGGAUCGACAGAGAGAGAUCGAGAGACAAAGAGAGGAGGAGAGACGCAAAGAGAUCGAGAGGAGAGAGACUGCUAAGCGUGAGAUGGAGCGUCAGCGUCAGUUGGAGUGGGAGCGUCAGCGCCGGCAGGAGCUCCUGACUCAGAGGAACCGCGAGCAGGAGAGCAUCGUGCUGCUCAAAGCCAGGAAGAAAACUCUGGAGUUCGAACUGGAGGCGCUGAACGAUAAGAAGUCCCAGCUGGAGGGCAAACUGAAGGACGUUCGCUUUCGUCUGUCGGCUCAGCGGAGGGAGGUGGAGCAGACCAAUCAGACGAGAGAAACACGCAUCGCUGAGAUCACACUGCUACAACAGCAGCUGCAGGACUCCCAGCAGUGGUUGGGGAGGUUAAUUCCUGAUAAACAGGGUCUCAACGACCAGCUGAAGCAGGUUCAACAGAACAGUUUGCAUCGUGACAGCCUGUCGUCGCUGCAGAAGGCGGUGGAGCAGAAGGAGAGCAGCAGACAGCAGCUCAGAGAUCAGCUGGACGCCGUGGAGAGAGAGACCCGCGCCAAACUGCUGGAGAUAGACGCGUUCAACACCCAGCUGAAGGAGCUGCGGGAGAUCCACAGUCGGCAGCAGAGGCAGAAACAGAGGGAUCUGGACGGAGACACACACUCACUGACACACACACACUCUCACCUACACACACCCAUCGAGAGGAAGUCUGCCGAUCUGCAGGAUGGCAGGUUGUCAGCAGAGGAGGGCAUGUCCUGGAGGGAAGAAGCAGGAAGUUCUGCGCCAAUAAUCCCACCCCCCCCCUCCGUCUCUGCACCCCACGCCUGGCUCAACAGAGUCACUCUGGAGGAGGAGGAGAGGAAGAGGAGGGGCAUGAUGGAGGCGGAGGAGGAAGAGGAGGAGGAGGAGGAGGAAGAGGAUCAGAAGGGAGCAGCAGGGUCUUCAGAGGAGAAGGAGGACGAGGGGAGAGGGAAGAUGGAGAUGCAGGAGAAGCUGAGCAAACUGUUCAGCAGCCAGCCGGGGGAUCCAUGGGGGCCAGCAGUGGAGAAGGGUCCGGUGCCCAAUCUGUUCGAGCAGAAGACCCCGGUCAGCAGCUUCGACCAGCAGACGUCGGUGAAGGUGGUUUACUACAGAGCUCUGUAUCCGUUUGAUGCUCGCAGCCACGAUGAGAUCAGCAUCGCCCCGGGAGACGUCAUCAUGGUGAAGGGGGAGUGGGUGGAUGAAUCCCAGACGGGUGAACCUGGUUGGCUGGGAGGAGAGCUCAGGGGCCGCACUGGUUGGUUUCCCGCCAAUUACGCUGAACGGAUACCGGACAGUGAAGCACCAAUCAGCUUGCGAGCAACCGCCUCGGCCCCUCCCACUUCAGCCCAGCAGCCAAUGAGCACGCCUCCCCCUGCCCCGGGACACGCCUCCUCUUCCGCGCCCUCAGCCAAUAGUAACUGGGCUGACUUCAACACCACUUGGCCCUCUAACUCAGCCAGCCAAUCAGAAAGCGAGGGCUGGGACGCAUGGCCCACCUCUACGACCAAUCAGAAUCCUUCCCUCAGUGUUCCGUCGGCGCAGCUACGGCAACGCUCCGCCUUCACACCCGCUACCUUGACAACAGGCUCCUCCCCUUCUCCUGUGCUGGGCCAGGGGGAGAAGGUGGAGGGUCUUCAGGCUCAGGCUUUGUAUCCCUGGAGGGCGAAGAAGGACAACCACCUUAACUUCAACAAAAAUGAGGUCAUCACGGUGUUGGAGCAGCAGGACAUGUGGUGGUUAGGUGAACUGCAGACCGGACAGAGAGGCUGGUUCCCCAAAAGUUACGUCAAGCUCAUCUCCCCCACCAUGACGCCCCCCCCGAGUACCGUCGCUCGCAGCAAAAACCCAAGUGAGUCUGGAGUAUCGGAAAGCCCCCCCAAUGGGAAGCGCCCCUCCCCUUCGCCAACAAAACCCUCCGAGUCUGGUGGUGGAGAAGAAUAUGUGGCCAUGUACACGUACGAGAGCAGCGAACAGGGAGACCUGAGCUUUCAACAGGGAGAAGUCGUCAUGGUGACCAGGAAAGAAGGUGAUUGGUGGACGGGAUUGGUCGGGGGGAAGAUCGGAGUCUUUCCGUCGAACUAUGUGAAACCGCGAGACUCGGCGUUAGAGCCUUUGGGACCAGGAGGGAAGACGGGAAGCCUGGGAAAGAAACCGGAGAUCGCUCAGGUGAUCGCCCCCUACAGCGCCACAGGAGCAGAGCAGCUGACGUUAGCUCCGGGUCAGCUGAUCCUCAUCAGGAAGAAGAACCCGGGGGGCUGGUGGGAGGGUGAGCUGCAGGCCCGGGGGAAGAAGCGGCAGAUUGGUUGGUUUCCGGCCAAUUACGUGAAGCUGCUGAGUCCCAGCACCAGCAAGACGACGCCCACAGAGCCCACCCCCCCCAAACUGACUCCGGCCAGCACAGCUGUGUGUCAGGUGAUCGGGAUGUACGACUACGUGGCGCAGAACGACGACGAGCUGGCCUUCCUGAAGAGUCAGGUGAUCACCGUGCUCAACAAGGACGACUGUGAUUGGUGGAAAGGGGAGCUCAACGGGAGGGAGGGGCUGUUUCCUAGCAACUACGUCAAACUCACCACGGAUACCGACCCCAGCACGCAGUGGUGCGCUGACCUCCACCUGCUGGACAUGCUGAGCCCGAUUGAGAGGAAGAGGCAGGGAUACAUCCACGAGCUCAUCGUCACCGAGGAGAACUACGCCAACGACCUGCAGCUCGUCACAGAGAUCUUCCACAAACCUCUGCUGGAGUGCGAGCUGCUGACUGAGAAGGAGGUCGGGAUGAUCUUCGUCAACUGGAAGGAGCUCAUCAUGUGCAACAUCAAGCUGCUCAAGGCUCUGAGAGUGAGGAAGAAGAUGUCAGGUGACCGGAUGCCGGUGAAGAUGAUUGGUGACAUCCUGACCAAUCAGCUGCCUCACAUGCAGCCAUACAUCAGAUUCUGCUCGUGUCAGCUGAACGGAGCCACGCUGAUUCAGCAGAAAACUGACGACAGCCCGGAGAUCAAAGACUUCCUGAAGAGGUUAGCGAUGGAUCCUCGCUGUAAAGGCAUGCCUCUCUCCAGCUUCCUGCUCAAACCCAUGCAGAGAGUCACCCGCUACCCCCUCAUCAUCAAGAACAUAAUAGAAAACACUCCGGAGUCACAUCCAGACACCAGCCAUCUGAAAGCUGCUCUGGAGAAAGCUGAGGAACUGUGCUCGCAGGUGAACGAGGGCGUCAGGGAGAAGGAGAACUCAGAUCGUCUGGAGUGGAUUCAGGCUCACGUCCAGUGUGAAGGCCUGUCGGAGCAGCUGGUGUUUAACUCGGUCACAAACUGUUUGGGUCCGAGGAAGUUCCUCCACAGCGGGAAGCUGUUCAAAGCAAAGAGCAGCAAGGAGCUGUACGGCUUCCUUUUCAACGACUUCCUGCUGCUCACACAGGUGACCAAACCUCUGGGCUGGUCGGGAUCGGACAAAGUGUUCUCCUCGAAAACACACCUGCAGUAUCGCAUGUACAAGACGCCCAUCUUCCUGAACGAGGUGUUGGUGAAGCUGCCCACCGACCCGUCUGGAGACGAGCCGCUGUUCCACAUCUCUCACAUCGACCGAGUCUACACGCUGCGGGCCGAGAGCAUCAACGAGAGGACGGCGUGGGUCCAGAAGAUCAAAGCAGCUUCAGAGCUCUUCAUCGAGACGGAGAAGAAGAAGAGAGAGAAAGCGUAUUUAGUUCGCUCUCAGAGGGCGACAGGAAUCGGCCGACUGAUGGUCAACAUCGUGGAGGGAAUCGAACUGAAACCCUGUCGCUCACAUGGAAAGAGUAACCCAUACUGUGAGGUGACCAUGGGUUCACAGUGCCAUAUCACUAAAACACUACAGGACACGUUGAAUCCGAAGUGGAACUCCAAUUGUCAGUUUUUUAUAAAGGACCUGGAGCAGGACGUCCUGUGUGUCACUGUGUUCGAGCGAGACCAGUUUUCUCCUGACGACUUCCUGGGCAGGACAGAGAUCCGAUUGGCUGAAAUAAAGAAGGACCAGGGCUCUAAAGGACCAAUCACGAAGCGGUUGCUGCUUCACGAGGUUCCAACCGGAGAGAUCGUCGUCAGGCUCGACCUCCAGCUGUUUGAAGAGCCGUAAAAAAUGAAAAAUGAAAACCUGGACAGGAUCGGACUGGAAAGUGAAAAAAAGACAAAAUGUGGAGCUGGAUUAGACUGGACUGGAAUAUUCAUAAUAGUUUAUUUUACUGAAUUUUUUGAGUGCUUAUAGGAUCUUUAUAACAUUAGUCUCAUUUGCUGUUAAAAGAACACAUUAAUUAAGAGCCUGACACUAAAAGCCCUAAAUCCAGUGUACGUCAGUGACUUCUUGUUCAUUUGAUUAAUUUGGUAAUGUGUACCACCUACAACAUUAACAUGGGUUUUGCAGUGUUUCUCAAUGUUGCAACCCUGUUUUGUGUCAAAAUUGAGUUGUAACCCCUUGAUUAAUCUAGUGUAUCUAAUGCUUAAUGUGUGCAUUUUGCCAAUAUAACAGAUUAAAUUACCAAAAACUGAAUGAGAUUUCACAUAAUCUGGGCUGGCUGGUGUCUUGAAACAUGAAAACAAGGCAUUACAAUAUAUAAAUACAUCUGUAAAGACAUUCUUAACGAGCUUCAAUGUAAUUUAGCCAUAUUUUCUCUUAAACCGGAGUGGCAUUAGUCGUCUUAUUUGCAAAGCACUACACUAAAUGUACGUGCUAGUCAUUUAAAACUAGCGCAGACAGCAGAGGGCAGUGUGCAAAUGUUCCUCCUUUUAAAUACACGUUUUUAUCCAGUUUGCGCAAAGUAAAACGUUUCAAAACUACAUAUCAAGCUUUCUGAGAUGAAUAUGAAGCCUAGAACCGGAUAUCUGCAGGUUCAGAUGGAAUCACUGCAUGUCAUUACAUUACUUUCAGCUGGUGCUUUUAUCCAAAAUCAACCAUGACGAAACAAACAAAAACAAAAAAGCAAAAGUCCUGCGGCCACGUUAACUAUCGAUAAGUGCUACUGCAUUUAUUUCAAAUAGGCAAAAAAUGUCAUAACCUCUUGAAACGUGCGAUGCGAUUUUAGGUCUUAAUUUGAAUUUAGCAGGUCUUAAAAAUGAUUUACUGGUUAGAGAUCGUACCAGUUGUACAGAUUUGUACCAAAUGGUAGAUUUUACUUUGCACUCCAGUUAGAUAUUUUGUCUAUUUCCAGUCCAGUCUACGUCUGUCCUCUUUCAUUUUAAUUGAAUCCAGUCCAGUUUCUUCGAUAUCAGCCGGGUUUCUCCUCCUCCUCUGCUUCAGCCUCACAGACACUCCAGUGACAAUCCCAGCUCUCCUUUUAGUCCCUUAAAAAAACUAACCCUGUGUGUGUUAGUGUGUGUGUGAGUGUGUGAACGACUGUAUGAGUGUUGAUGUGCGGACAGGCUAAUUUAAGGUACGAUUCAGUGUACAUUUGUAUUUUUAUUUUCUAACGUCAGAGUCUCAGAGUCUUAAGUGAAACUCAUCAGGCUUUCUGCUGUGAGUGACUGCAUGUAAAGGGACUUCAAUUUGAGCUUUCAUUGAACACUUGCCAUGUCGGAAAGCAAAAUAUAUGUACAGGUUUAAUGAGAAACGAUGCUAAUACGCUGGAAAAAAAAACCCGAAAUGACAAGUGUCCAGUGUCCCUUUAUCAUGUUUCAAAUCUAAUAUAAUAUGCUGGAACACACAGGGAACAGUUAAUAUAAAUUAAGGUACUGUAAAGAAAGAUUUCACAAUGCUGUUGUUAAAGUGGCCGUCGCUAUAUAUGCAGGGGAGCAAAACCCUGAACAUGCAAGGUACUACUGACAUUUAUUUUAUAGGAAACAGCCUUUUAGACCAUUUUACACUCUAACCCUGAAGAAAAUAAGUGUAUAAAUAACAAAGUUACUGCGUUGGCACUCCCAGCACUUUUGAAACGCACACACUGUCGCUGGUAUUCAAGCAGAGCAGGACUCAAUGUUGCACAGCGGCCAUUUUGAAUAGUCAAAGUAGGAAUUUGCUGACAUAUGACGUAUAAAAUAGCUCAUAAAUGUGUGUUUUGUUUGUUAAAUUGGAUCAUUUGUUGUCAAAAAGCACUGGAAUUUAAAGCAAACGGAGGAAUUAUUGUAUUUGUGAGGGACUAUUUUCAGUGGCGGAUUAAUCCACAUUUAGCGUACUUGUAAAUAUUUAGUAAAAAUUGGACAACAAUGCAGCAUCUACAGAUGAAGAAGACAAUAUGUAUAUAUAGAAUAUCAUCUGCCCUGUCAUUUUUGGGCUAUUUCUUGAAUAAAACUGCAGAUUAUUAAAACGUUUUGAGAGUAAAAGCUGUAGUAGCUGCUUACAAUUAGCUUGAGGCUAGCUAGUAAGCUAAAGACUGCGGCAGCUCACUAUAGCUAAAAGUAUUCAAGUUUAUUAAAAUAUUUAUAAACUAAUUCCUUCUCAAAAGUUUAAAGACUUAUAGUUACCUCCUAAAAGACAUUUGUGUAUUUGUUUUUUAUUGUAUUUAAUGUGAAAACCACUGAAAUUAAGAGCAAAGGAUUAGCAUAGCAUGGGCAGAGGAAGAACCCAUUACAUUUUGGAGCAAACCAUUAUCACGGGGGUGGUUACACAGAUUUUAUUUAACUUAUUUUACAUUGGGGGGUAUGGCAUUUGGCCUUGAUGGACGCCUGUGUUCUUUGAGAACCAUUUUAAUUUCUUAUUUGUUUAUAAUGCUGAGUAUAUAGCUUUUUUUGAGCUGUUGUUUACUAUUGAUGCCUCCAAAUGGAGUUGUGUUGGUUUGUUCUGGAAAACGUGCCAAUGGAAAGGAACCAUGAGUUGUGACCUUUCUAAAAACAAAUAUAGUUUUAUUGUUCUUUGACAAAUCACUAUUUUGGACAAUAAGGCAUCAAACACAUUCAAUCACUUAAUUUCCUUUGUCCAAAAACACAGGAGUUUCUUUGAAUGUAGCAUAAUUUCUCCACCAUGAGUAUUCAAAAUGGCCGCUGCAUUAGCCAGUUUUGACAGGUAACGUUACUGUAGAUAUGAUCGUUAGCUAGUUAGCUAAUUGGCUGCUUUUUAAUUUAAUGCCACGGUUACUGAAUUCCCACUGAGACGACCAAUAGUUACCUGAGUGACCAGCCACUGUCCAAUCAGAAGUCAGCUUGACCUGAGGAAGGUGUGAUCGAAUGAUUGUGUUUCCCCUGAAGAUGAAUUUGUCUUAAACCCCUCUUCCUCUUCCUCCUCUCCACACUGUACUGAAACUGAUCCAGUUGCUGUCCACCCACCAGGUUGUGUAUAAUACUACUGCUAUCUGAGAGUUAAUAUAUGAGCGUACAGGAGGCCAUAGAGACAGCCUGCUGUUAAUUAUCACUGUAGAAGAAGAGAUGUACGUUGUUGUCUUUAAUGUUCAGAAUAAACUUCAGUUGGACCAA